AUGGAGAAGACCGGCGGCAGCCUAAAGAAAGGCCUGAAGCGCAAGAGGGCUGCCGAGGAACCUCAGGAGGCUGCAGUCGUUGAGGAUGGGGCGACGGACAGCGGGGGCCAAGCCCCGAAAGCGGCUGCCUUCCCUCCAGGUUUCAGCAUCUCGGAGAUUAAGAACAAACAGCGGCGACACUUAAUGUUCACGCGGUGGAAGCAGCAGCAGCGGAAGGAAAAGUUGGCAACUAAGAAAAAACUUAAAAAAGAGAGAGAGGCUCUUGGUGACAAGGCUCCACCAAAGCCUAUACCCAAGACCAUUGACAACCAGCGAGUAUAUGAUGAAACCACAGUAGACCCUAAUGAUGAAGAGGUUGCUUAUGAUGAAGCUACAGAUGAAUUUGCUUCUUAUUUCAACAGACAAACUUCUCCCAAGAUUCUCAUUACAACAUCAGAUAGACCUCAUGGGAGAACAGUACGACUCUGUGAACAGCUUUCCACAGUUAUACCAAACUCACAUGUUUACUACAGAAGAGGACUGGCUCUGAAAAGAAUUAUUCCACAGUGCGUCUCAAGAGAUUUCACAGAUCUGAUAGUUAUUAAUGAAGAUCGUAAAACUCCAAAUGGAUUAAUUCUGAGUCACUUGCCAAAUGGACCAACUGCUCAUUUUAAAAUGAGCAGUGUUCGUCUGCGUAAAGAAAUUAAGAGAAAAGGCAAGGACCCCACAGAACAUGUACCUGAAAUAAUUCUGAAUAAUUUUACAACACGGCUGGGUCAUUCUAUUGGACGAAUGUUUGCAUCUCUAUUUCCCCAUAAUCCUCAGUUUAUUGGAAGACAGGUUGCCACAUUCCACAACCAACGCGAUUAUAUCUUCUUCCGAUUUCACAGAUACAUAUUCAGGAGUGAAAAGAAAGUGGGAAUUCAAGAACUUGGACCACGUUUUACCUUGAAAUUAAGAUCUCUUCAGAAAGGAACCUUUGAUUCUAAAUAUGGUGAAUAUGAAUGGGUCCAUAAGCCCCGGGAAAUGGAUACAAAUAGAAGAAAAUUCCAUUUAUAA